ACGAAAAAACCAACAAACUUGGGAAGCAGGAACUUUUGAUCAGUCGGAUUUUCAUAACGAGCACAAGAAGUAACGGAACCAAUCCAGCUCUCUAAAAAAGAAGAAGAAAUCGAAGAAUCAUCGACUGUUUUUGUAUAUAUAAUCACAUACCUUUACUUCUGCAUCAUAUAAAGGGAGGGAAUUGGGGAGACAGAGAGGGAGGAAUGGGAGGGGAAGAGGAAGGAAAGAAGAGGGUGGUGAUGGAGUCGCUAGGAUGGCUAACGGAAUCAUCUAUAAUGCCUAAGAAGCACCGCGCUAUCGAGGGGGUCGGUGCUUCCUCCAUUUUGGAGCUCAAGGCCCAGUUAUAUCAGUCCCAACUUGACUUCAAAAAGUCCAAAGAACUCGCGGGUCCUGAUAUCCAAUUCCACCGCGCCAAAGCCAAGAUCACUACACCUGAUACCUUCUCCCAGAAGAACUCCGGCGUCGAAGCUCGUGCUCACAAGGACAAGCUUGAGCUUAAAGCAGUUAAUGAUGGGUCAGCUAGUUAUGCAGCAUUGGAGAAGAAGGCUGAGUUAUACGAAAAGCUUGUAAGGGGGGAGCUGUCUGAUGAGGAGGAUGAAGAGAAAUAUUGUGUUGAUUUCUUCCGCAAGGGUCUUGAGCAGGAUGAAUCACAACAGUCACAAGCACAUGAUAUUUCAGUAUCAGAACCACCUGUAGAUGAAGAUGGUGAGAAUACUGCUUUUUUAUUCGACAAAAAAUUUGUGGGACCUGGGAGGACUACUGGAACAGUGGACAACAAUGAACACAAGCGUUUGGUGAGGGAAGUUCACGAAGAAGCAAAUCAAGCAAGAGAAAAAGUGUCAGAGCUGAAACUGCACAGGCAGGAACAAGCAGCGGCACGGCGUGAGAAACUGCGACAGGCGUACCUUCGUAAACAGCUGGAGAAGCUGAAAGCUACAUCCAACCCAGAGCAAACAUGACAAAAAGGAAUUUGAUGAUAGAGAAUAGAAUAGAAAAUUGUUUGAAUUUUCAAGCCUAACAAGGGAAGAAAAGAGGGGGCUUGAGCUUGUAAUUGUGUAUUUGUGAUUUAUGUAAUUCAGAGUCCUUUAAGUAAAUUUGCACCUGGUUUUUCUUUUUUCUCAAUAAAUGAGCUUUUGAAUUUUUGGCA